CAGACUUGUUCUUGUUUUAGUAACCAUGAAGAACGCUUGUGUUUUAUUCCUUCUCUUACAUCUUCAGAAAGUGUGGACUGAUGGAGAGUCUCAAAGCUUAUGCCACCAUGCAGCUGUAUCCCAGGGUUUUAACCUUCCUAAAUAUAUGUAUUGGAUGUCUGUGAAUGAUGUGUCCAUCUUCUACCAUGACAGUAAUAAAGACUCCAAAAUGCCCUGUCCUGACUGGCUCAGCACUACUGCAGGACAAUGGCAAUGGAAACGUAUACACUCUGUCACUGACCGCAAGAAUUAUAUCAUAACUCUGGGAUUUGAAUCAGCUGUUCAGCACUUUAACAGAACAGACUCUUUGGCUGACAGCAACAUAUAUGAGGGACAUGGCUGCUGUUACUUCUAUCCAAAUGGAACCUACAAGGCAAAACUCACUCACUUAUUCAAUGGAAAGGACUUUGUAAGCUUUGAUUUUGACAGAAAGACAUUUGUUGCUGUUUUUCCUGAAGCAGUUGUUUAUAAGCAUCUACGAGACAGAGAUGAAGUCGGUCGUAAUGAAAUAUCGCUUGCCUAUGGAAAAAUAAGGUGUCUGGAGCAAUUGAACAUGUUCAAGCAUGAUCCCAGAGUCCACACCAGAAAAGUUCCAGAAGUCAGGAUCUUUGAGAAACAGAAGACCGGCUCCAUUACAGUCACGUGUCAUGUGACUGGGUUUUAUCCCCAGGCGGUUCAGGUGGACUGGCUUGGCCCAGAUCUGCACCCUGUGGAUGGAGGGGUCACUGAUGUGCUGCCCAACGAGGACGGCACAUACCAGACCAGAAAGAGUGUGACAGUUCCAGAGGAGGAUGUAGGAAAACACACCUACAGCUGUGUAGUUCUUCAUAGCAGCGUAGCACACAACAUCACCACAGUCUGGGUUGGUGAGAAACACACUGGAAUCGCUGUUUGGACGUCUCUUGCCUGUAUUUGCUUCUUGGCUGCUGGAACUGGGUUUCUAAUAUGGUGGCGCUGCAGAACUCGGGAUGCCGUCAUCUGAACCUGUCACCUCUGAACACUGGGAUAAAUGACUAUAUCUACUAUCAGUACCAUGGAGCCAAUGUACUGAUAUAUCUAACAGAUACA